GGCGCGCUAUUUCCCGCGAGAAAAGUUUCGCAUAUUAUUUCAACUGCUAGGGUUUCGAGGCAAAGAUUUAUCAUUUUCCCCUGAUUCAAACAUUUCUAGACUCUUCAUAUCACCAUUCACAAGGGGAAACUCAUCAGCUUCGAAAUCUAACAGAGGUAUGGAUACAUCAAAUCCUGCCGUCUUUGUCAAUGCUGAGCUCCUCCGCUCGUAUGUGGGAAGGAAGGUUCGAGCUGUGAUUCAGGUUAUGCGCUCUGAUGGUGGUACAGUGAUUGGGAGAUCUACAGAUGAGCAGCAGAUAGCUGUGAAAGGCAAUCCCCCUGGUCCUCUUACGACAUUUGUUGAGGUCAUAGGUAUCGCUGACAGUAACCAAUCUAUCCGUGCUGAAAUAUGGUCCAAUUUUGGGGACACUCUAGAUACACAUAGCUAUAACCAUGUUUGCUUGCUGGCAAAUGGUGAUUAUAAACACUUGUUCAUAUGAGGAGUCGAAAUUGACAUGAUCUAGUGGAUCCUAAGAAGUGAUCCAACUCUACUUUUAUACAUGAUGUCUGUGAAUACUUGUUUCGAAGUAUGUUGUUUAGUUUGGGAUGCUUUGUUAUGUUCUGGUAUAUGUUUUUCAGAGUGAACCUGCUGGAAUCCAGAACUUCUGUUACUUGCAUUACAUUUUGGCUGUUGCUAGGCAAUGUUAGCUUUUUGCUGCUUUGCAACUUCAUGUAUUGAUAGUUGAGUGUGGACAACCUUGUAUUCCUCUAAGAAUGCUUUUUAGGUUUUUUUUUUUUGGGUGGGUGGGGGCUCAGUAAAUGGCAAGUAUUUUCCAAAAUUAUAUUCUUAUCUAGGAGUUGACUCUUACGCACUCUGUUUGCAACUUGAAGAUUAUAAUGGAAAAGAAAUAGUUCAAAGGAA